CGGCGAGUCUCUCCAGCAGCAGCAGCAGCAGCAGGAGCAAUAGCAGUUGCAUCAGCAGGAGCAGCAUCAACAGCAGCAGCAGCAGCAUCAACAGCAGUAGCAUCAACAUAGGCACUGGCAGUAGCAGCACCACAAUGUUAUGGAGGUAAGCUGCGUGUCAUUGCGUAUC